GUAGGGCUAUUAUUGUGGUGUCGCGGCGCGCGGUCAACGCGCGCGAGUUAACGUUCUUAAUUCAAAAUUGGAACUUGGGAUUUGUAAGAUCAAGAAGCAAGAAGCUGUGGAAGUGCCCAUUCGAUUCGAAGACAGUGUUGUGAAAAUAUCGAUUGUGGUUUGUGAAGUGCUGUGUGUGGAUUCUAGAUUGUUUGCCAGACCGAAAAAUACAAAAUGCUAGGCUUCCGGUGGCCUAUCCUGUGUCUGCCGAUCCUGCUGGCUUUUGUCUGCGGGAGCGACAUCCUCAUGGUCACCAUGGGCGGCACCAAGUCACAUAAGAUGCCGUUUUGGGAGCUCUCCAGAGGUCUUAUCAGGAGAGGCCACAACGUGACAUUCAUGAGCGCCUUCCCGCCCGACUUCCACAUCCAGGGUCUGGAGGAGAUAGCCCCCGACGGCCUGGUGUCCUACGUUAGGAAUUAUAUGACGUACGAUCUGGUGGGAGCCAGGAUGAGGGGGGAAGAACCGUUGCCCGUGAAGGAUAUCUUCAGAUACGGAUAUGAGGCUUGCGACGCCUUCUUGAGCGACAUUGAAACGCGCGCCCUCCUCCGUUCGGGGCGUAACUUCGAUCUGAUCAUCCUCGACGGCACCUACCCAGAGUGCGCCUUCGGCAUCGUCUACAAACUCAAAGUCCCGUUCAUGUACAUCAACACAGUUGGCUUCUAUGCCAUGCCUUUAAGCAACUCCGGAAGCCCUACUCCAUUCUCGGUCACCCCGUUCUUCGGCAAAGCUUACACCGAUAACAUGGGCGUUGUGGACAGAGCUAUGAAUGCGGCUUGGUAUAUCGGAGCUUACACCAUGCAUAGUGUCAUGGCCGUGUUCCUUCAAGGAGUGCUAAGAAGACACUUUGGCUCUCAGAUGCCUCAUGUGUACGAUAUGGCGAAGAACGUGAGCUUUAUUCUUCAGAAUGGACAUUAUUCUGUGUCGUACCCGAGACCGUAUUUGCCUAAUGUUGCGGAGGUCGCGUGUAUACAUUGCAAGGAGGCGAAGAGGUUGAAUCCGGACAUUGAAGACUGGAUCUCCGGCGCCGGUGACGCCGGUUUCAUCUACAUCUCCAUGGGCUCCUCCGUCCGCACCUCCAAGAUGCCACUCUCAGUCCACCGGCUCAUCAUCAACGCGCUCGGCAGGCUUCCUCAGAGGGUGCUGUGGAAGCAGGAUGGGGAGCAGAACAUGACGGAUAUUCCGGCCAAUGUGAGACUGUAUAAGUGGCUGCCGCAGCAGGACUUGUUAGGUCACCCAAAGAUUAAGGCGUUCGUCACUCACGGAGGGUUACUCAGCAUGUUCGAAACUGUCUACCACGGAGUGCCCAUAGUCACUAUCCCAGUAUUCUGUGACCACGACGCGAAUGCUGCCAAAGCUGAAAUCGACGGCUACGCGAAAAAGCUAGAACUCCAGCAUUUAACAUCGGAAAAACUUUACGAAGCGAUUAAAGAAAUAAUAAACGUGCCAAAGUACAAGAUAGACGUGAAAUAUCGACAAACACUCUUAAGAGACCAGAAAGAAACGCCUUUAGAACGCGCUGUGUACUGGACUGAGUACGUCAUCAGACAUAAAGGGGCGUAUCAUCUCCAAUCGCCGGCCAAAGAUUUAAACUUCAUCCAAUAUUACUUACUAGAUGUCGCCGCUUUGGCUAUACUUGUAGUUUUCACAACAGUAUCACUUAUUACCUAUGUCGUAAGGGUUGGAUUCAAACGGUUAGUCAAAUAUGUGCAGAAUAGACAGAUGAACCAGUUGCUGGAUACGUCCAACGAUUUGUUGAAGCGGUCGAAGAAACUUAUCGACCAUACGGCGAUGUCGAAGAAACAUUUGUAAUACCAAAAGGUAAAAGGUACAAUGAGUUUUUUGAUAAAGGCAUAAUCAUGCUUGGAGGUUCAUUUUGUAAGUUUUGUACAUAUUAAAAUCCAGUGCAUGGAAUUGUUUUGUAAGAAAAAGCAAUAAAAAUGUAGGUUUCUUUACAGUCAUUAGGCUGGAAACUAAAAUACAUUGGUAUAUUUUUGUAAUUUGUAUAUAAUCUUACUUAGAAAUAUCGAUGGCGUGAUUAACUAAUUUUAUCAGCAUUGAGAGCGCCAUCUGUUGACUACUAGGAGAAACUAUACUUUGUAUUCUUAUUUCUGAACUUAUGUGUCUCUGUCUCUGUUUCUCGAAAAAUAACUUAUUAUGCGGAAAUACACGUGAAUAGUUUCAGGCAAAAGUUACCUAUACAAUUUCCAUUAAUUGGCUUGGUUCUUGUUUAUCUUGAAAAGUCAAUAGAUACUGGUUAAAACAGCUCGAAGGAAAUUUGUAUUAUUCAUUGUCUUACUUUAUACAAAACUACACAAUAAACACUGAUCGUUCUUAACUGAAGCCAACAUUGCGAUUCGAAAAGUUUCGUAUUCUGUAACCCUAGUGUAAAUUUAAUUUUGCAUUAAGUGUCAUUUGUAUGGGAUUUUGAGUUUCCAAAAAGUCCCGGUUGGCGCGCUGUUCAAACUCCCAUACAAAAUAGACAUAGCGUAAACGCCAACACUCGUCACGCUAUCGAAUAAAAUUUACACUAGGUUCUGUAGGUUAAAAUUUCCUUAAUAACUCUUAUCGAAAAACUCGAUUUUUUAGGGAUAGAAACGGGUGAUUUUAAGGACAAAAGCAAGCUGUGCUAAUUAUAUAUUAUACUAUUUUAGGGAUAGAAUAAUUGUGAUAAUGUUCGCUCAAAAAUGCCUUGUUAGAAUAAUGGGAAAUUUAUUUCGGUAUAGUAGAUUCGGAUUGUUUGUACAUAUAUUAUAUAUAUAUGUAUGUAGACUUUAUUACAUUUAUAAUUUUGGUGAAAUUUAUAUUUAAUCUAAGCGAAGUGAUCAAUGAUAUAUCACAUCAAAUAAAUUACCCAGUUUCAUAGUCUAAAUGACAAAGUGAUAAUUAUGAUUUAUAUAACCUUCUUCUAUGUAGUUAAAUAUUUAAAAGGGAAAGAAAAGAAUAAUGUAUAUAGAUAAUGGAUUUAAAAUAAGUACUUAAUCCUUUUUGGCCUAAUGAAAAUGACUGCAUCUAUUAUACAGUGUAGAAAAAAUUUAUGGGCCCUGAAGGGAAAGUACCUUAAAAUCUUAAGUUAGCUCAUUUUACUUAAGAAAAACAUUAUUUUAUAAAAAAAAAAAAACUGCAUUCAAAGAUUUUUUAAAUUCGCUUGUCUCGCCCAGGAAUCGAACCGACUUAAAAUUCCAAAAAAUAAACCCCAUCUAUUUUAUUCUACUAGUCGAUACAGUUAAUGUUAAUAAUAACAUUUCUCCAAGGAACAUUAGGCCUUACACUCGUCUGUCGUACAAAAUAUCCAUAAAAUCGAAUUUUUAGUACUCAAGAAUAUUUUUAGACAAGCAAAAAAAAAACUAUUACUUAAUGCAGUUUUGUUUCUUUAAAAAAAUAAUAGAAUGUUUCCUUUAAGUAAAAUGAGCCACCUUAAGGUUUUAAGGCACUUUCCCUCCAGGGCCCAUUAUUUUUUUCCACCCUGUAUUAUGACUAGUUACUAAUAUGAAGUUACCAUUAGAGAUUAUAAAUAUACCUACAAGUGUUACCAUGAUUUGAUAGGGUGAAGGAAAGGUUUUUUCCGUUUAAAACAACCUGUUAGAGUUAGAUCAAAAAAAGUCUGCAACGAUUUUGAUAGCAUACGCAGUGCAAGUGUUAUUUUAAACAGCAAACUACUAUGGAAUUAUGACGUAUAAAUGCGUUACGCAAAACACUUGCACUGCCAAAAACUCGAAGUUUUUUGUGACGUAAUUAAUGGAUGACGCUCAACAGGAUGCGACAUCGAACAUCGGCCAAUAAAGUAUGAAGUUUGAAGAAUAUGUAAUCGGCCCAAGCUGAUUUAGCCAUUAAAAAUUGAAACAAAUGAGACUUGUGACAACAUAUAGCAAUUUAUAUGUAGAUUCGGAAAACACUCGUCUGCCAGCUCCCAAAUGGCUGAAAGGGCAUCUGCCGGGCAUUUAAAGGUAUCCCCAAUUUAAGAAAUCAGUUCCUUCCAAUCCCCGGCAGACGCACUUUCGGCCAUUUGGGAGCUGGCAGACGAGUGUUUUCCAAAUCUACAUAUAAAUUACUAUAUGUUGCUACAAGUCUCACCUUUGUAUCAGAUGACGUAAAUUCAACGUUUUGCGUACUUUCAAGUGCCCGGCAGACGCACUUUCGGCCAUUUGGGAGCUGGCAGACGAGUGUUUUCUGAACCUACAUAUAAAUUUAUGUGUUGCCACCAGUCUGAUAUAUAUCACUUUUUUUGUAACCGGAAGUGCUACUUUUUUUCGUGCUUUCGGCGAUUUCUAAAUUUUUUAACUAUUUUUUCCAAACUUAGCAACACUUUUAUGAACGUCUGCCAAAGGGCUUAUCCUUGUAUCAGAUUACGUAAUAGAUAUAUGAUUGAAUCAUGUAUUGUAUCAUUGUAUGAUCAUUGUAUCAUAUAUAUCAAUCAUUCAUGUAUUGUAUCAUACGGUCCCCACCCGUACUAUAACCAGUUUAUCGAAGUAAUUUGUGCAGUACCCAUGUGAUUUGAUCUAAAUAUCUCACCACAAAGUGGUUUAACUGGUACAAAAGACAAUAAACUGUGAGCAAAGGUUGUGUGUACAUGCCUUGUUUUUUGUAAAUAUUUUACUGUUAAAUA